CGCUCCGGCCGGGCUCGCAGCGGCUCUCGGCCCCGUGCCGGGCGGCCCAGGCGGGCUCCCGAUCCGCGUCCCGGGCCCGCCGCCGCCAUGGGCAAGAAGCACAAGAAGCACAAGGCCGAGUGGCGCUCGUCGUACGAGGAUUAUGCAGACAAGCCCUUGGAGAAGCCUCUGAAGCUGGUCCUGAAGGUUGGGGGCAGUGAGGUGACUGAACUCUCAGGGUCUGGUCACGACUCCAGUUACUAUGAUGAUAGGUCAGACCAUGAACGAGAGAGGCACAGAGAGAAGAAGAAAAAGAAGAAGAAGAAGUCAGAGAAGGAGAAGCGUCUGGAUGACGAGGAAAGGAGGAAGCGAAAGGAGGAAAAGAAGCGGAAGCGAGAGAGGGAGCACGGUGGCUCAGAGGGCGAGGCUGGCGACUUCGACCCUGGGAAGAAGGUGGAGGUGGAGCCGCCCCCUGAUCGACCCAUCCGUGCCUGCCGCACACAGCCAGCUGAGAGCGAGAGCACACCCAUUCAGCAGCUCCUGGAGCAUUUCCUCCGCCAGCUCCAGAGAAAAGAUCCUCAUGGAUUUUUUGCUUUUCCCGUCACGGAUGCAAUUGCUCCUGGAUAUUCAAUGAUAAUAAAACAUCCCAUGGAUUUUGGCACAAUGAAAGACAAAAUUGUAGCUAAUGAGUACAAGUCAGUCACAGAAUUUAAGGCAGAUUUCAAACUGAUGUGUGAUAACGCCAUGACGUACAACAGACCAGACACUGUGUACUACAAGCUCGCCAAGAAGAUCCUUCAUGCAGGCUUUAAGAUGAUGAGCAAAGAGCGGCUGUUAGCUUUGAAGCGCAGCAUGUCGUUUAUGCAGGACAUGGAUUUUUCUCAGCAGGCAGCUCUUCUGGGCAAUGAAGAUACAGCUGUUGAGGAACCCGUUCCUGAAGUUGUACCUGUACAAGUAGAAACUGCCAAGAAGUCCAAAAAGCCAAGUAGAGAAGUUAUCAGCUGCGUGUUUGAGCCUGAGGGAAACGCCUGCAGCCUGACGGACAGCACCGCAGAGGAGCACGUGCUGGCCUUGGUGGAGCAUGCUGCUGAUGAGGCUCGUGACAGGAUCACCCGGUUCCUGCCAGGUGGCAAGAUGGGCUACCUGAAGAGGAGUGGAGAUGGGAGCCUGCUCUACAGCGUGGUCAACACAGUCCAGCCGGACCCUGACGAAGAAGAGACACACCCGGUGGACCUGAGCUCACUUUCCAGCAAGCUGCUCCCGGGCUUCACGACACUGGGCUUCAAAGAUGAGAGGAGAAACAAAGUCACGUUUCUCUCUAGUGCCAGUACUGCACUUUCAAUGCAGAACAAUUCAGUGUUUGGCGACUUGAAGUCAGAUGAAAUGGAGCUGCUAUAUUCGGCCUACGGAGAUGAGACGGGCGUGCAGUGUGCGCUGAGCCUGCAGGAAUUUGUGAAGGAUGCGGGGAGUUACAGCAAGAAAAUGGUGGACGACCUCCUGGACCAGAUCACAGGCGGAGACCACUCAAGGAUGCUCUUCCAGCUGAAGCAGAGGAGAAAUGUUCCCAUGAAACCUCCAGACGAAGUAAAGGUUGGGGACACCUUGGGAGAUGGUGGUGGCUCUGUUCUGGAUUUCAUGUCUAUGAAGCCGUACUCCGAUGUCUCUCUGGACAUCUCCAUGCUCAGCUCUCUGGGGAAAGUGAAGAAGGAGCUGGACCACGACGAAACCCACCUGAACUUGGACGAGACGACUAAGUUGCUGCAGGACCUGCACGAAGCGCAGGCAGAGCGCGGGGGUUCCCGGCCAUCAUCCAACCUCAGCUCCCUGUCCAACGCCUCCGAGAGAGACCAGCACCACCUGGGAAGUCCUUCUCGCCUUAGUGUUGGGGAGCAGCCAGAUGUGACCCACGACCCGUAUGAGUUUCUUCAGUCUCCAGAGCCUGUGGUCUCUACAAAGAACUAGCCUUGUAGGUAGUCUUCAGUGUCAUGUCUUUACCUUUUUUUGAGUUUUAAUUUGUAUGUACCGUUUUUGUCAUGAGACAGAGACUUUAUUCUUAUCCCCUUUGGCAUGCGGGAAGCAGCUCCGGGGUGGUGGUGAAUUGUCCGUCCUAUCAUGUCAGCAGUAAAGGGAUACCAUGUCACUGUACAUAGUCCCAGGAGUCCUGGAUGGUGAAGGUAAUAGAUGAAGGGAGUAUGACCAGAUUGUAAAGCCGUGGGUGGUUUCUUCCUGAGUGUCACUGUGCUGGUGUGGAUGUAUCUGUUUCUGCCCUGCCGGCCUCCAGGGUUGUCCCUUGGGAAGCACACAUGUGAGUGUGUCUGUCGUCGUCAUGUGCAAGUCCUGCGGGUUUCUGUCACAAGCUUGCGUUUCCACAUAGGCUGCAGUGGGGGCUGCUCAGGAGCCCGUGGGAAGCCUGCAGGGUAGGCUGGGAUGAGAGCAGCCUCCCAAUUUGUUUAGUUGAUGAGCCUGAGAAAGGAGUGCGUUGUGGUGAAAAACAGCGAUCUGUCCUGCCUGUUGCAGUGAAGCGUUCAGUGUCCUAAGUGGAUGUGUUUACCAGAUACCUCUGUAUACUAAGCACAAAUCUUAAUAAAGAGAGACGCGAA